ACAUCUGCCGUGACGGAGACUGGAUGCACUAACGACGAGCUCCCGCUCAAACGUGACAUUCCUGCUGGCUGCAACGCUCUCAAAUUUCUUUCAGGAAUGUACCGACUGACCCUGGCGACACUUGCUGUGUUGCUCUGCAAAGCACUUUUGGUAAACAGUGGGAACGUCCUGGUGUUUCCAUGGGAAGGAAGUCACUGGGUCAACAUGAAAGUUAUGAUCAAAGAGCUUCACGCCAGAGGCCAUGAAGUGACUGUGAUACGUCCUUCAAACAGUUGGUUCAUCGACGAAGACUCUGCUCUUUACAAGACAAUCACUAUCAUGUCUCCGGGUGGUUUUGAUUUGGACCUUGAGUCAUUCAUCACAAGAACACUGACAAUGAGACGCCAAGGUCAUUCAUUGUGGACUCUUUUAUCUCUAGUGUGUGAUGAGAUGACACAGUUCUAUCUGAUCCAUAAGCAGAUAAUUGACAUGAUGGAAAAUUUUUUUGAGGAUACCAAACUGAUGCAGAGCCUCCGUGAUGCCAAAUUUGAUCUGGUUCUUACUGAUCCUGGAACUGGUGGAGGAGUACUUCUAGCUCACCGUUUGGGUCUUCCACUUGUCUAUAAUGUCAGAUGGACUAUUCAGGGUGAGGGGCAUCAAGCAAUUGCACCCGCCCCUCUUUCUUAUGUCCCAAUACCAAGAGCAGAUCUAACUGAUAAGAUGACAUUUAGUCAAAGGGUUAAGAAUUUUAUGUUUUUCAUAUCGAGUCACAUCUACAUUUGGUUCAUUUUAGAUCCAAACUACAAACCUUUUGUCAGUCGUUAUUUUGGCAGUGAUGUACAUUACAUGGAGCUUUUUCAGGCAGCUGAUAUCUGGCUGAUGAGAAAUGAUUUCACCUUUGAGUUUCCACGACCUACUAUGCCUAACAUCGUAUACAUCUCAGGGUUUCAGUGCAAACCCUCCAAACCUCUCCCUCAAGAGUUAGAGGAUUUUGUACAGAGCUCUGGGGAACAUGGUGUCAUUGUGAUGACACUGGGGACUCUGGUGGAUAAACUUCCUGAGGACAUCACUGAGGACAUUGCUGCUGCUUUUGCAGAACUUCCCCAAAAGGUGAUCUGGAGGUACAACGGCAAGAAACCAUCCACCCUUGGCAACAAUACUUUACUCUUGGAC